CCGAGAGGGAGCGAGCUGUAAACACAGGGGGCGUCUUACGUUCAACUGGGACAAUAAAGCGCUUUCCGUAUCAAUGCACUAACCAUGAACCUACGCGAUAUGACUGUGAUAAAACUCCUAUGCCUAUUGUGCGCCCUGAAAUCCAGUCAAGGUUACUAUGGCAACCCUCUGAACAAAUACAUUCGCCACUAUGAGGGACUGUCCUACGACACAGACUUGGUACACAACAGACAUCAGAGAGCCAAGCGAGCGAUCUCGCACGAAGAACGCUUCCUUCACCUGGAGUUUCAUGCUCACGGAAGGCAUUUUAACUUAAGGAUGAGAAGGGACACAAGAUUGUUCUCAGAGGAUUUUAAGCUGGAUGUGUCCGGAGAAGAAACGGCCUAUGAUACCUCACAUAUCUAUACAGGAGAGCUCUAUGACGAGCAGGGCAGCCUAACUCACGGCUCUGUCGUCGAUGGUAAGUUUGAGGGCUUUAUUAAUACACACCAUGGGACUUAUUAUGUGGAACCUGCUGAGCGCUACUUGGGGGACAAAAAUGUGCCAUUUCACUCCGUCAUCUACCAUGAAGGUGACAUUGAUUAUCCUCAUAAGUAUGGGCCUCAGGGUGGCUGCGCAGACCACUCAGUGUUUCAGAGGAUGAAGAAGUAUCAGGCCUCUGCUGUGGAAGAGCCGAUCAAGGUUGCAGAAGUAGGAUCAAAGAAGCAGUCAUCUGAUGACCAUGUGCUGCAAAGGAAAAAGAGAAUGACACAGGUGGAAAAAAAUACCUGUCAGCUCUUUAUCCAGACUGACCACCUUUUUUACAAAUACUACAAAACAAGAGAAGCUGUGAUUGCUCAGAUUUCCAGCCACGUUAAGGCGAUUGAUGCAAUCUACCAAGGUACAGAUUUCCUGGGUAUCCGCAACAUAAGUUUUAUGGUGAAGAGAAUUAGGAUUAACACUACUAGUGACGAGCGCGACCGGUCCAACCCUUUCCGUUUUGCUAAUAUAGGUGUGGAGAAGUUUCUGGAGUUGAACUCCGAGCAGAACCAUGAUGAUUAUUGUCUAGCAUAUGUCUUUACUGACAGAGAUUUUGACGAUGGUGUGUUGGGACUUGCCUGGGUGGGAGCACCUUCAGGGAGCUCGGGUGGUAUCUGUGAAAAGAGUAAGCUGUAUUCUGAUGGGAAGAGGAAGUCACUGAACACUGGGAUUAUAACCGUGCAGAACUACGCAUCUCACGUGCCUCCAAAGGUCUCCCACAUCACCUUUGCUCAUGAAGUGGGACACAACUUCGGCUCUCCUCAUGAUUCAGGCUCUGAAUGCACUCCAGGCGAGUCAAAAAGCCAGGAUAAGAAGGAGAAAGGCAACUACAUAAUGUAUGCUAGAGCUACAUCAGGAGACAAGCUUAACAACAACAAGUUCUCAGUGUGCAGUAUUCGCAACAUCAGCCAAGUGCUGGAAAAGAAAAGGGGCAACUGCUUUGUCGAGUCUGGCCAACCAAUCUGUGGUAACGGCCUGGUAGAGCCAGGAGAGGAGUGUGACUGUGGAUACAGUGACCAGUGCAAAGAUCAGUGCUGCUAUGAUGCUAACCAGCCAGACAACAAGAAGUGCAAACUUAAACCUAACAAAGUCUGCAGUCCCAGCCAAGGUCCGUGCUGCACCUCCGAGUGCACGUACAAGAGCCGGAACGAGAAGUGUCGUGAGGAGUCAGAGUGUGCCCAUCAAGGCAUGUGUAGUGGACAUUCAGCCCAGUGCCCCACCUCUGAGCCCAAGGCCAACUUCACUGCCUGCCAUGGAGAAACUCAAGUCUGCCUUAACGGGGGCUGUUCUGGCUCUAUCUGUGAGAAAUAUGGGCUGGAGGUAUGUACCUGUGGUACUGGAGAUGGCAAGGAUGAGACGGAGCUCUGCCAUGUUUGCUGCAUGGAGAAAAUGAACCCCAAUACAUGCAGUAGUACAGGCUCGGAGAGCCUGGACCAGUUUUUCAAACGGAAGGUGACUACACUGCAGGCCGGCUCCCCCUGCAACGACUUCAAAGGCUACUGUGAUGUGUUCAUGAAGUGCAGGCUGGUGGAUGCUGAUGGGCCACUGGCCAGACUGAAGAAAGCCAUCUUUAAUCCUAAACUCUAUGAGAACAUUGCUGAGUGGAUAGUGGGUUACUGGUGGGCAGUGCUGCUGAUGGGUAUUGCCCUGAUUAUGCUUAUGGCUGGGUUCAUCAAGAUUUGCAGUGUGCACACACCCAGUAGUAACCCCAAACUACCACCACCUAAACCUCUGCCAGGCACUCUAAAGAGGAGACGAGCCCAGCAUGCUAGUCAGCAGCAGCAACAGCAGCAGCAGCAUCAGCAUCACCACCAUCACCAUAACCAGAACCAGCACCCUCAUGCACACGGCCAUCAAAACCAGCGUCCAUCCCAGCGCCAGCCUCAGCCCCCGCGCCACCACCGCCAGCAGCGUGAGAAUUACCAGAUGGGCCAGAUGAGACGCUGAGAACCUCAAUGUCCCUCACAGCACCACCACUACACCCUGCCACUGCCGGCCUACAUUGGGAUAACGGUCACUACAGUCACUACACUACACUGCUUUUCAGCCAGAUUCAGAGGAUACUAAUCUAAACUUGCCUGGAAAACACUAAAUCAUUUCCAGCUGUCAAGAAUUCAAAAGUUUUUAAUCAUGUGCUGUACUACAGCUCCAGUUUGGUUUAAUCAGGACUUCUUGCGUGUGGCCUUAAAACAAGGCCUUACUUCAAAGAGUCCACCUGGACCAACACAUGAAUUCCUCACAAAACUCCCAGUUAUUCACUGCAUCAACCAGGACUAAUUUUAAAGUUAUACACUAUAAAAUGUGCAGUAUGUGACAACAUGAGCAAUUUUUUUUUAAAGCAGCUUUUGUAAAAAGUCAUACACUAAAACAGGAAUCGUUUACAAUAACACGUCCAGUUUUCCAUAGAGGAUAUCUGGGCUAGUCCAUUAUGCUUCCGUUCAUUCCAGUCUUUAUACUGAGCCACUUGAACAACGUGAAGAACAUCCCUGCUCCGUUUAGCAGCAGUGAGCUCAAACCACGCGGACAUUUCGGGUCCCCCCUUUGUCAAAUCUCAGCACAGGAAAGUGGUAUUAAAAACAUCUCAAAAUCUUUGCUUCAUUCCUUUGAGAAAAAAAAAUAUCAUGAACACCAUACAAAAUCAAGACUUUUCAGUUCUGAAGUUAUAUGUAAUUUUCUCUUUUCUCAUUCACGUCACAGUCGGUAUAUUGAAAGAGUGCCAGGGUUUAAAAGACAGGCCGUAGAUUUAGCGUUCAGUCAUUUCCGUUGUGUUUCUCUUUCAAACCUUCAGAUGACAUGGUUUGAAACUAAAGCAUCUAUUUAUUCUUAUGAUCAAGCAAAAGUUCAAGGCUGUUAUUUUUUCUGUGCAGCAAAUGCAUACUGCUCCGUUGUACAGAUUACAACUGUAUAGAGAAAAGAGAUUUGUAUUAUAUGUGAGAAAUAUUUCUUCUACUCCUCAGAACAGAAAUAAGUUGUCCUUUUGAUCAAUAUUUCUCAGGACUUGGGACAGAAAUGAAGGGACUGUACAGGUGAUUGAGGAUGAAGGAUAAGAUACAAGUUGAGCUUAUUGUUCCAUUUGGCUCUCAUUUACUUCUUUUAACAAAUCAUUUAUCCAGUGUUUUUUAUUAUUAUUAUUAUUAUUAUUAUUAUUAUUAUUUGUUGGAGCAGUGCACAAAUCUACCCCAAAACUCUAGCACGAAGAACGUUAAACCCUCAUGUUUCCCUGAUUUUCUUGUCACCUCAGAUGUCACUUGGUGUUAACGAAAUUAAUCUGCAAUAGCUUGUGAAUGCGUGUAUUUCAACGUGCAUGCUGCAAGUCCUCUAGGGGAGACUUAAGUCCAGCUAAUCUAAAUAUAUACAUAAAUAUGAAAGGUACAUGGUUAGGAUUUGAUUAUCUGUUUACAUGAAAGGAUCAUAAUUGGGAAGGACAGUUGCAUUUACAGGUGGGCAAUUAUAAUUUCUUUCCCUUAAUGAAGACACCUAUUAAGACACUGUGAAUUAACCAGUGUCUUAAUGAAAUACCAGCAGAUACAAGUAGUCAUGUUGAGCUUACAGUUACCUUAAGCCUUGCUUAGGUCCUUGCUACAUUUGACAUGAGAGAUUAAAGGAAGUCUUAUUAUUAACAUUACUAGGGAUGCUCAAUGCUUUACUCAGCAAGAAACAAAAGAGGUUUUACCUCAUUAGGUGAGAAAAUAUUUCAGCUUUAAUCUAGAUAUUGAAGGACCCGAUUGUUUAACGAUUUGAUGCAUAGAGCUAACACUGAUAUUCAUAGCACAAUUUUACUUAAAUUGUACUCUUUUUUUUUUUUUUUUUUUUUUUUUAGUCUAAUUAAAUUGCUCAUGGAAAAUUUUUGCCUUGCCAUGAUUGAUUUAUUUGUGUUUUACUUUUAACUACAGGUUGUGCAAUCUAACAAAUGAAUUAAGCUAACGUUUACCUUUUAUUUCUGCAUAACGUGACUCUUAAAAGCUAGAGUUUACAUUAGCAUUUCUGAUUAAAAUAAAUUGUUUAGUUAUGAAAUGCUGUCAUGAUGGUGAGGUUAAGAUGUCAAGGUCUCUUGUAUCACCAACAUUUCCGUCGAACCAACAGAGAUGUGUGCGUAUGUGUGUGUAUAAAGGCGCACCAGGUUUCUUAAAAGCCAUGGCAGGCAGAAGUGACAGUUUUGGAGACUGAUAGCACGGACGGCAAUGUUUGACCUCAGGUCACCUCUCACUUUCACAAUGAGAGUCUCACAAACGAUUUGAGUUUUUUAGUCAUUGUGUUUGCUUCCAUCAGUAAAGGUUUUCUAGGGAUCUGAAGUUCUGACUUCAACUUGGGGCUGAAUUUUCUGUCUUUUUAAAAGCAUUAAACAGAAUUUUUUGUUCUGCUCUAUGGAGUGACUGGGUUUUGUAAGAGCCACUGAUGUGAGAUCUCUGUCUUAAAGGGUCAUGGAGCAGCUUGGAUGCCAUCAGGAAAGCUGCUCUGUGGACAACAUUGUAAACUGUUGUAUACUAUGUACAGUUCCUGGAGCAUUUCUUUUAAAUUUUAAGAUAAAUAUGAAAUUUUGAUACUUGUCUGUCUAUUUUUCCCCCUUUUUUUUCUUUCUUUUUAAAUUUAAAUGUGACCAUAUAGUGAUAUUUUCUCUUUAUUCUGCAUUUUUUAUUUUUUAUUUUUAUUUCCACUACAUUUGUCAAAAUAGACUUGGAUAUUAGAACAUUACUCUUUCUUUAUAGCAGCAAUCAGAAUAUUUAAAUACAAUGAAGUGCAUAGUUUUUCUGCUUUUUUUUCUUCUUUUUUGUCUGUUUCUCAUGUGGUGUGAUAUGAAUAGAGGAGGAAUAUCUGCCUGUGUCUGACAUUUCUUUUACUGGUUUUUAUUUUGUGUAGUCUUGGUGAGUCUUUAUAAAAAAAAGUGCACUGAAAUUGUCUGAAUUGAGUCUAAAUUAAUGUAGGUGGUAUAGGCAGAAGGAUCA